GCCACCACUACGAUGAAAUCAAAUACUGGGAACGACCACCUCAUUUCCUUCUCAUCCAGCUCUAUCCACGCACUGUGCAACACUUCUGAGUUAACAGAGGGAGCAUUCCAUGACGACUGCAAUUCCACCCCCUUUGCCCUGAAUGAUGACAGUGGUUGGGUGGCAGGGCCCAACCAUCGGCUCUUAUUCUGGGUACCACCCGCUUCUCGACACUUAUUCUAUAACCCAGAGACUGUAUUAGUGAUUCCCAGAGGAGGUCCUGAGCUUGAUUUGAGACGCAUGGCACAUGGACGGCACUGGCACAACUGCCGAGAGUUACCUUAGUGCUGCGAUG